AUUGUCAGGGUCCCCUAUGCAAAACAUGACUGAGAUCAUCUCUCAGAUCAUCUCCAUAUGCUCUUUUGUCUGUGUGUGACCUGAUUUUCAACGCACACAGAAGAACCAACACAGCUAACACCAUGGGCCUGGGGAGUUCUCAUCCAAAGCCGUUCCCAGGAGACAUCCUGGAGUUUCCUCGGAAUAAAUACUUCUCCCAUUUCGGAAUUUACUACGGAGAGAGAGAUGGAGUUCCCUACGUAGCACAUCUCACCUGCAGAGACUCGGAGACGAAGCUCCUGCUUUUUGGUCGAGCCCUGAAGUCAGAGGUCAAACUGGACCCAGUGGAGGUGGUGGGACAGAGAUACAAGGUGAGGAACAUGCUGGAUGAGAUCCAUCCUCCCAGGGACUUCUACACUGUGGUGAAGCCUGCUAUAGACGAUAUGAUGGGUAAGGAUAUCACCUUCGACAUCUUGUUCCAUAACUCUGAACACCAGGCCACGCUCUUCAGAUAUGGACUCAAGAAGUCUACACAGAUUGAGAAGGUCUACAUCCAGAUCCUGCCCACCUGGAAGGAACUGUUUAAGAAGAGGAAGUUGUAACAAUGACUACAACAGUGACUGUGUUCUAGAACUCUGCCUACAGUCUGACGCCCCCCUCUCCCUGGACCUCAUACUGGGCCAUCACCUUUCUUACACCAGUACAUUCAUUUUAAAUCCUCGAGGGAGAAUCACCUGUCGUUCUACUCCUCACCAGCAGAGGAAACCAAAACAACUGACCAACUUACUUUCUGUUUUGCUCCACUGCGGUGAGGAUGGUGUGGAUCAGCCUAAGGAUUCCUGCUAAUGAGGAACAAGGAGAAUCAUAGCAGAUUGGAAUGUAUAGUUAAAAUAGUAUUUACCUCCAGUGUAGUGUAUAAUAACUCCAGUGUAGUGUAUAACUCCAGUGUAGUGUAUAACUCCAGUGUAGUGUAUAACUCCAGUGUAGUGUAUAACUCCAGUGUAGUGUAUAACUCCAGUGUAGUGUACAACUCCAGUGUAGUGUAUAAUAACUCCAGUGUAGUGUAUAAUAACUCCAGUGUAGUAUAUAACUCCAGUGUAGUAUAUAAUAACUCCAGUGUAGUUUAUAACUCCAGUGUAGUGUAUAACUCCAGUGUAGUAUAUAACUCCAGUGUAGUAUAUCAUAACUCCAGUGUAGUUUAUAACCCCAGUAUAGUGUAUAAUAACUCCAGUGUAGUGUAUAACUCCAGUGUAGUGUAUAACACCAGUGUAGUGUAUAAUAACUCCAGUGUAGUAUAUAACUCCAGUGUAGUAUAUCAUACCUCCAGUGUAGUUUAUAACUCCAGUAUAGUGUAUAAUAACUCCAGUGUAGUAUAUAACUCCAGUGUAGUAUAUAAUAACUCCAGUGUAGUAUAUAACUCCAGUGUAGUAUAUAAUAACUCCAGUGUAGUAUAUAACUCCAGUGUAGUGUAUAAUAACUCCAGUGUAGUAUAUAACUCCAGUGUAGUGUAUAAUAACUCCAGUGUAGUAUAUAACUCCAGUGUAGUAUAUAAUAACUCCAGUGUAGUGUAUAACUCCAGUGUAGUGUAUAAUAACUUCAGUGUAGUAUAUAACUCCAGUGUAGUGUAUAAUAACUCCAGUGUAGUGUAUAAUAACUCCAGUGUAGUAUAUAACUCCAGUAUAGUGUAUAACUCCAGUGUAGUGUAUAAUAACUUCAGUGUAGUAUAUAACUCCAGUGUAGUGUAUAAUAACUCGUGUAGUGUAUAAUAACUCCAGUGUAGUGUAUAACUCCAGUGUAGUAUAUAAUAACUCCAGUGUAGUAUAUAAUAACUCCAGUGUAGUAUAUAACUCCAGUGUAGUGUAUAACUCCAGUGUAGUGUAUAAUAACUCCAGUGUAGUGUAUAAUAACUCCAGUGUAGUAUAUAACUCCAGUGUAGUGUAUAACUCCAGUGUAGUGUAUAACACCAGUGUAGUAUAUAA